AUGGUGUUGCGGUGGCCCCUGCUGCUGUGGGCAGUGUGUGGGGUGCGGUGGCCCCUGUUGAUGUGGGCAGUGUGUGGGGUGUGUGUGGACAUCUCGGCAGCCUCUGGGGCGUCUGUGAGCCCCAUGCUACUACAGACCACAGCAGAGCCCACCAUAGAGGAGCAGCAGCCCUUUGAUACACACACAACCGCCAGCACCACUGACACCGAGCUGAGCUGUGUGUCCCUGCUGCCCCCCCGGCGAGGCUCCUACUACGUGGAGCACGGGACUGGGGUGUCCCUGGACUCUGUGCUGGUGUUCUGGUGCAGGGAGGGCUAUCAGCUCGUGGGGAGAGAGAGGGUCUCCUGCCUCCUCCAGAACGGUGCGGCCAAAUGGAGCCACCCUCGGCCAGAGUGCGAAGGACUGCCCACGCCGGACAGUCACGGGCUGCUCAUGGCCAUCGUGGUGUCGGCGGUCAGCGGCGUGGUCAUCAUCGGCCUCACGGUGGCCUUCGUCAUGUGCUGCAUGCGGGGCGAGCAGCAGGUGAAGAAGAAGAAGACUCCACGCACCGGGAGGACCAGGGAUCGGCAGAAGCGGAGGACGAUGUCGCGGAGGAGUGCGGCCUGGUUGGAGAGAGAGCCGGGGGACUGGGAGGUGUUUCCUCCACCCAAGAUCUACAACCUGUCCCAGCAGCUGGAGCCCCACGCAGCCACCGGCACAGCGCCCGCUCGCGGAUAUGAGAACAGGGGCUACAACAGGAGCCAAGACAGCCUGAGGAGCCCCCCCGCAGGACUGUACCACUCGGAGUUGCAGCUGUACCCCCACCUGGUGCUGCAGAGGAACACACCUGGCAGCCCCGUCUACCUGCACAUCUCCGCACCCCCCACCCUCAAGGCCCAGCAGCGCCCACCUGUCUAA